AUGAGCGGCAUACAGAGAUUCUACUGCAACCACCACGGGUGUGACAAGAGCUUUCGGAGGCGAGAGCACUUGAAGAGACAUUCUCUGAACCAUACCGACCAGACCAUCCUGUGUCCCCGCUGCCACAAGAUAUUCUACCGAAACGACCUUUUGCAGCGGCAUUUGAUUCUCAAACACGGUCUCCGCAGAAGUUCUCCCAACGGCGGAACUGCAUUGGAUAAGUCUCCUGCUCAGUCAGAUGCUGGAUCUACCUCUACAACGGAGAACAUUUCAUCCGAGAGGCGGCGGCCGGAGGAGCAGCCCGUUUUGCACGAAAUGAAUGAUAGCAUGGAUGGCCAUAUCAUCCUGCCCAAUCAACAACAAAGUCUUGGCUUAGCCUCAGGUCAAGGACAAAGUAAUCGCCAUUCUGGAGGCUAUACUCAUCAGACACCGCCAAGCUAUGAAAGAGCUCCAAUAUUGUCUGCAACUAGCAAUGACCGUACGGCAGCAUUAUCUUCAGCACAGCCGGAAGGUCCGGAUGGGUUUGAUAUGGGAAACUUCUCAAUUCAACCAGCCAAUGCUACUCCUCGCAUGGACUGGCUAUUUCAAUUCCAGCCCGAAUUUUCUUCUGGGGUUGUCCCAGGUCAACAAACCCCGCCUCCGGUUCAACGUCUACAGCCUGACAUACCCUCCUUUGGACUGCCUACGACCAAUAACCCUACACAACUGGAUUUCGAGAUGUAUACGAACCUCGUUUCUCUUGUCCCGACUCGAGCCGAAUUUUCGUUUCUAAUUGCAAGCCCAGAAUUGACAUCUCGUUUUAUCGAAAAUGCAGUUGCUCAUUUAAACCUUUUUGCCCCAUUUUUCCACAGCCACACACGGAAUAUCAACUUCCUCCCGACAGAGCUGUGUGCUUCUUUGCUAGCCAUUGGGCUAUUGAUAUCUCAUUAUAAGGGUGCUCAUGAGCUGGGCUGCAUAUUGCUAUCACAGCUGAGAGAGUCAAUUGUUCAAUUUAUUAACAAACCAAUAGGAAACCCACAGAUCUGGGCCCUAGAAACGAUGUUUCUUGUCGAAUAUGCAGGCAUGUUCUUCGGGAACCGCGCAGACGUCGAAGCAAGUGACAUAAUACACGGAAAUACUGUAGCCAUUGGACGCCGACUUCGGAUUGCACAGUCUGUGAAACAAUCAUCUGCUCUCUCACCGGAUUCCUCGCUUCAGCAGACAUGGUACGAUUGGACCAAAAAGGAGUCGGUUAAAAGACUCGCAUAUUGCAUAUUUAUAAGCGAUGUUCAGCAUGCUGUAUUUUUCGGGCAUGUCCGAGCAGUGUCCUCUCCACUUGGCCUCACUCUCGAACUUCCAUGUGAUAAUGCCUUGUGGAAUGCUCCCAGUGCUGAAGAAUGGGAAAUCCGUUCGAGAGAGGCACACUCAUCUUCAAUCAAAUUCAAUGAGAUCUAUCAUUCUCUUACAUUGAACGAGACUCACAACUUAAACGCCCUUUCUUUAAACGCCUACUCCCAAUUUAUUAUUCUGACGGCAUUUUCAUCUCUCGCUUUAUCCGCUGAACAACAAACCAAAGACCCGUUUUACAAUGCUAGUCAAGCGAGAAAUUGUGUAAAAUUCGCCCAAGAUACUCUGUACAACAACAUGAUCUCUCUCCACCCUGCCUCCGCAUCUCGGACCAGCUCUCUUAUGACAUAUCAUCUAACCACCAUAUCUCUCUAUACCCCGCUUUAUCGCCUCGAAACUGCCACGAAUGUCGGCUACUCCACAGCCGGCACAACUCCCGCGGAAGAGACCCGUCUUGCAGCAAUGAGACUACUCACUCGCGAAAAAGUCACAAUGGAAGCCGCAAAACACGCAGUCAGCCUAUUACGCCUUUACGUUGGAAAACAAUCUUCUCCGCUGAAUAACCAAAAUCCUUUCGAUGAAGUGCUUGAGGAGUCCUCUCCAUUUGAGACAACUGCGCUGUACUUUGGGAUACUGACCCUAUGGGCCUAUUUGUUUUCCCGAGGCUUUGAUUCGGAAACUUCUACUUACUCUUACUCUCAACCGGACCAAAGGCAAAUGGCGGCCAUUCUGGAUGACCUUUCGGCUGCAAUUAAUGCUGGAGAUAUGCACGGCUGCGUGAAAUUUUGGAGGGAGAUUGUUCCACCUGUUAGCUUACGUUUAACAGAGAAAAAAAGUGCUAAUGCUAGGGAAUAUGCUGCCGUAUUAAGUAGUUUGGCUGAUGCUUUGGUUUGA